AUGACAAUAAUUAAUGUUGUUGCGGUUUUAGAUGACUUAUAUCCCGAAUAUUUUAGAACACCUAAACCAUGCAUUUGGUUUCCUCGUUCAUGGUGCAUUAAAUCCAAACUCCCUUCCAAUGCUGUUAUCAGUCUUGUUUCUGAAUCAAAUUAUGCAAAAUGUUUUGCAACUAUUAAAUUAUAUUCUAAAUAUUCAGAAUUAUUUCGUGAUAGAAAAGAAUUUCCAGAAAAAUUAGAAUUUAAUUUGCCUACAGUCGAAGCCGGAAAUAGUAAUAUUCUUAAUGCUGAUAAUAAUGAAAUGACACAAGUUGUCAUUUCUAGAUUAUUGGCUAUUAGCUUGAAUAUUUGUGAAAUAUCGGAAAAUUUAAGCGAUUUAAAAUUUCCAAUACAAUUGAGGUUUGAAGAACAGAUAAAAAAUGUUCCAAUUGCUACACGUGUUAUUUUAUACCCUUUUUCAUCCAACCAUAAUCUAUUAAAACCUAAAUACUCUUUUAAUGAUUUAGAAGAAUCACUGUUCAGGAGAAUUCAUUUGGGCUCAAUUGUUUCUCCUAACGAUUGGAUAUGUCAUCAUGGGUGUAAUGGAAUUCAAUAUUUUAAAAUUUUUCAGCAGUUUAUAAACGAUGUUUCACUUUCUCAAAAUAAUCCAUCGUUAAAUAUUUCAAAAAAAGAAUUUGUUGCGAGAAUUUCCGAAAGGACGAGAAUUGAAUUCAUUAGGCACCAAGGAAGAGAUUAUGAUCUUUUAAAUAAUUCAUUAGCUAAUUUGAAAUUUCAAGAGAAAUCUCAAUGGAUGGAUAAAGUAAUUAAAAAGUUUGGUGGAUUGGAUGAACUUAUUUUAGAAAUUAUCGAACAAAUCCAUCUAUUUGUUGUCACUGCGAUGAAUAACGAAUAUGGAAAAAGUGUUAAAAGGAGCAAAGGAAUUUUAUUAACUGGAAAACCUGGAUCUGGGAAAACUGCUUUGGCUUUACGUUUAUCAGAAUCUUCCGGUUUACCAUUUACUGUUAUAAAUUGUCCAGAUAUUUUCAAGACAGGUGAGGGCGAAGGAGAAAAUGAACUUUGUUCAAUAUUUGAAUCGAUGAUGCGUUAUCGUGUAUCCAUAGUUGUUAUGGAUGAGAUUGAUAUGAUUGCGGAUAAAUUAGCAAGCGUUCGUCCAGGUGUCGAGUCAAAAGUGUAUUCAAUGUUACUAAAACUCAUCGAUUCAAUAAAUGAGAAUAUUUGGCAAGAUUCGUUUAAAGGACAAAUAUUUGUUAUUGGUUUAACAACCAGAUUGCACGUUGUGAAUAAUGCUUUGUAUCGUCCCGGAAGGCUUGAUAAAAUAUAUGAGCUUAACAUCAAAAAAUCUGAACAAAUGCUGCAAAUUCUUAAAAUUAUGACCAAAAAAAUUCCAUCUGCAGUGGAAGAGAGAGAUUUGAUCUUGGAGAGAGUAAGCCGAUCGACUCACGGGUUUGUGGCUGCGGAUUUACAAUGUUUAUGCACACAUGUUGCAAUGGAACUUUUACAUGAGAACAAAGGUCCUUCAGGUGCUUUUUUUACAUUGAAACAUUUCGAAAAAGCACUUAAAGUUGUAAAACCAUCGAAUUUGAACGAAUUUCAGACAAAGACUCCUGAUAUUAAAUUUUCUGACAUCUUUGGGAUUGAUGAUAUUAUAGAUAAUCUAAAGAUGACUAUCAUUGAACCACUCAACAAUCCCAAAGAAUUCUUACAAUUCGGAAUUUCUCCUCCAAGAGGAAUUCUUAUUUAUGGUCCACCGGGUGUUGGAAAGACAAUGCUUUGCAGUGCUAUAGCUGCGGAGACAGGAAUUAAUUUCAUGCUCGUAGAGAGCUCACAAAUUAGAUCAAAAAUAAUUGGAGAAUCUGAAAAUAAUAUUGCAAAUAUGUUUGCUCAAGCUAAAGCAAAUUCUCCUUGCGUUUUGUUUAUUGAUCAGAUUGAUGUUUUGGCCCCAGUUCGAGCUAGUAAUAUGACUUCGGAAAAUACCGGCGAAAGAAUACUAACCAGUUUAUUAACAGAAAUGGAUGGUGUUUUUACUCCAAAACAUAGUCAAGGACCUGAAGUUGAAGUUCUUGUCAUUGCAGGUAUUUAA